GCUAGCACCACGUCGUACCCGCGCACCACCGAACCAAGAACCAGACCUCUCGACCCCACCGCGAGCAUGCGCUUCGCGUGCACGGCGGCACCACUCUGCUACCACCUCGGCUCUUCUUCUUCCUCCUCAGACCACGCCGUCUCUUCGUCUUCUUCGUCUCAGGCAGAUUCCACUGGGAGCUAGAGUGAUUCACUGACCUCUGGCUGGAGAUGGGUAUAGGCAUGGAGCCCAGAGGAGUCGCGGCGUGCGGGACGGUGGCCUUCUCCUGGGAGCAGGAGCCGGGGGUGUCCAAGGAGAGCCCGGCGGUCGAGGCGAGGAAGCCCUCCGGCGGAAGGAGUACUACGCAUGACAGCGCCAAGGAGGCGGAGGCGCGGACGCACCAGCUGCGCGUGCCGCCUCCGCCGGGAGGUCCCGGAGCGCCGUCCCUGUCGCCGCCGGCGAGGAGCAGGUCCAGCAAACGCGGCGUCCGGCCGGAGGAGGACCCGUUCCUCGCGGCCUACGUCGCCUGCACGGCCAGCGGCAGGAAGACCGGCCGGGGCCACAACGAGGCCCAGAAGAUGCUCGGGUGGGCCGGGCUUAGGUUUGCUCUUGGGCUCGGCCUCUCUUGCAAGACCUCUUGUGGUGUUGCAGAGGAGAGCGUCGUCAGACUGGCUAAAAAACCCUGAAAUAGAUGAUCAUUAGAUUGACUCUCUCUGGUGUUUUUUGUACUAUACGAUUUUUUUGCCAUUUUGUACUACUGCU